AUGCAAAUUUUCUUUUUCCAGGUGAGGGAGGUGGUUGUUUCGGCCGCCACGCUACUCUACCCGCCUCUAACUCGGGUCACUGAGUCGAUGCACAGCUUGGGCACCAUCGGUCUCAGAACGGAUCAACCAGGCACCUCGCAUAGCUCUCCUGAAGUCGAAAUCGUUGACUCGGGCUCGUUUCAAUUGGCUGAUUGGAAGGGAGUUCGUGUUUGUGCGAGAAUGCCCGAUCGAUCGUUUUAUCCAGGAAUUUUGAGUGCAGUGAUCAACGCGAGACAUGUUCUUAUUCAGUUGGAAGACGGUCGUGAAGUUUCCUUUGAAGAUGUGCUGUCGGAAAACGACGGAGCGGUUAUUGCUGAUCACGCGCCAUCACAUCAACAGCUUGUCUCCCAAACGGUGGUCUGUGUCCGGCUAUCAGUGGAGGAUCGAAACUGGCGGCCGGCUGAACUCCUACAAACUACAAAGAGGCCCUACGCUUACAAAGUUCGAACAGCUGAAGGAGUGACAUCUUGGCUUCCGAGAGCUCACAUUCGAAUUUUGAGAGCACCUUGGCAUGAGGAGUUGCACGCAGAGCCGAGAACAGAACAACCACUGCUUAGCCCCAAAAUCCCAUCCACAACCUCAACCCAAUCAGCCACUCCGUCUUUCCCGAUUGCCACGGAUAAUCUGGCGAUUCUGAACGCGAUUCGCCUUCAACACAUGCUGAGCAUGCAGGGCGUGAUUCAUAGCAUCAACUCCGAGCCAGGCUCGGUAAGCAAAAAGCCGAUGCUUGACGGUGACGAGAACGAUAAGGAGAUGAUUACGGUGCAUGACUCUCACCCGGGUCCAUCAAAUCCCCUCCCUCAACCAGCUCCACUCCAAGGAGUGACCGUGUCCGAGAAUUUCCCCCGUCUUCCCCUUUCCCUCCAUCCACCAACAUCCGUUUCGGCUCGUUUCGGUCCACAGGGAGAUUCAUCCGAUGAUCUCGAUGGUCCAAGUGCUUUCACAGCGACUGGAAUAAAUCAGCGCUAUAAAAAAGGCGAGAUCGUGACGACUCCGGGCGGGAUCCGGAAGAAAUUCAACGGUAAACAAUGGCGUCGACUUUGUAGCAAAGAAGGAUGUAAUAAGGAAUCCCAGCGUCGUGGCUACUGCUCCCGUCAUCUCUCGCUCAAGAGUAAACCCGGUGGUGUUGUCGGUGGAUUGGGUGGCCCCUCUCUGCCCCCAGGUCCUCCAUUGGGUGUGCAGGCCGGUCUUGUCGGUCUUUCUUCUCCUCUUCUCUCAUCUUCUUCUGUCAGCUCUGGUGGUCCACCCGUUACGACCCCAAGCGGCCUCCAACAUUUACUGCAAUACGCGCUGAAGACUCUCGCCUCU